ACUUUGAGAAGAGCUCGCGCAUCAGUCAUGUUGUUUACCACACUAAUUUGCUUGCUGUCGCUUGCCGCGGCCGUACCCCUGCCUACGGAUGCAGAAAUUGAAGCCGUUAAUCCUGAAGCUCCUGCUCCGGAAGCCCCAGCAGAACCUGAAGCCCCCGUCGCCGCGCCCCAAGCCCCUGCCCCAAGUAAGACCUCGCCCGUAAGAAAAGGUCCUCAAGACGUUGUUGCCAUCCUCCGCGACGACCGGCAGGACGAUGGCGACGGUAACUUCAACUACGCUUUCGAGGCUGACAACGGCAUCAGCAUGGCUGUCGUAGGCACGGCGGGCGCCGCAGGACAGAGCAACAUGGAAGGAUCCUUCAG